AUGGCGGCGCCUGCGGUUUCGUCCUUUGAGGCCCUGUGCGCCAUUCCACCUGUCGUCCCGGCAAAGGACUACCCGGCCUUGAUCGCCUCGCCUCAGCGCAUCAAGAGACGCCCCGUACCAACCCCCUCCCCUCAGCAGAGCCCCUGGCCGCUCUCUGACCAAGGCCGCCCAAGCCAACCGCGGAAACCAUCGCCAACGUACUCCGUGUUCCCCAAGACGGUCACAAUCCCGUCAGGCACAUGCACAAGGCAGAGCUCGAGUUCCCAACUGUCCACCACCAGCAGCAGCGUCUCCGUCCCUGCCACGGACGCUCCUUGUCCCCCCCCUCCCCCCAAGGCUCUUCCUCCUCCUCCUCCUCCAUCGUGUCUUCCUCCGCUGCCUCCUCCACCACAAAGACCAGCUGCUGCAUCGCACUAUCGCUCAUCAAGUCCCCGCCCGAGAGCCUUCUCUCCGGCAUCAUCCCUCACGACGCUGCAUCGCCCCGCGACCUCUCACGGCUCGCGGCCAGCCAGCCCCAUGGGACUCCCCUAUUCUCAGCCUCCUACUCCUCCGCCAACCGCACCGCUACCGGCUCUGCCGCCGCUCUCAUCGCGAUCCCUUCACCCAUCAACUGUUGCUGCCUCAAGAGCACAUAACCUCAGUCAUGCCGAAGCAGCAGCAGCAGCUCCGUCUCAUCCCGCGUCUCAAACCCGCCGUCCAUACAUGUACUCUUGCUCAACUCAACAACGCCCACACCGUCCACCCCCAGAACCCCUCCCCCGCUCCGUCUUCGAAUACGACACAGACUCAGACGACGAGGACAACAACAACAAUGACUCCUCCUCCUCCGCAAGCAGCUCCACAGAAUCACCCACAUUGUCCUUCUUCCGCCUCUACAGACGCAGUCAGAGUCCCAACACAAGCGAAAGCUUCCUCUCCUCUCGCCGCCGGGG